GGUGAUGGUACAGUAGUGCUGUGCGUGUAACAAUGUAACGAAAAUCUUUACGAGCGGAGGAUUAUAGUCGUUUUGAAGUUCAUUGUUGUCAAAGCAAUGGUGUGAACGCGAUCUUAACUUUUAAUGUGGGAACAAUGUGAGAUUUAAUUACACAAACACACGAAUUUACAUUUAAGUUAAUGUUUCAUAUUGGAUUAACAUUCGUGCUCAACAGAACAGAUGUGUAUAUCAAGGAAUAAAAUUUGAUUAUGAACUUAAUACAUUUUUCAUCAAUGGCAAUGUUGCUUGUACACUUAAGUAAGGUACGAUGAAACAUUCAUCAUGGCCAAAGAUGAUAGACCUGGAUAUGUUUCCAUUAAUGGAAGCGGAAACACAUUUGAGUAUUUCAACAGAUCAGAUGAUUACAUAAAACAAUUACUGAUAGCAAAUCUUGGUGAAAAACGGAAAAGCAUGUUCACAGUGGUAUUUUUGACUAUGAUUUAUGCGACCAUUUUCCUAACAGGAGUGAUUGGGAAUUUAAGUACGUGUAUUGUGAUAUGGAAAAACACAUACAUGCAUACAGUCACAAAUUAUUAUCUUUUCACUUUAGCCAUAUCAGACGUUAUGACGCUUUUAUUAGCCUUGCCGCCAGAGGUGUACUCAAUUUGGGAAGCGUAUCCAUGGCGAUUUGGGCAAUCAUUCUGUAUACUCAAAUCGUUUAUAAUGGAGAUGACUUCGUAUUCGUCUGUGUUGACCAUAACGGGAUUUACUGUAGAACGCUAUCUGUCUAUUUGUCACCCCAUGAAAUUGCAACACUGCUGUCAUAUAAGCCGAGCUAAACGAUGCAUAGUCCUUAUAUGUGUAGUUUCCAUACUAAGUGCCUUACCAUAUCCGGUGCAUACAAGGACAUUUUACUACCUGUCGGAUCCCCACAGUGGCCAGCAUAUACCUGACUCGCUUGUCUGCAACAUCCCCCAGAAGUGGACAGGGCGGAUGAUAAUAGUGUUCCAGCUAUCGACGUUUGUCUAUUUUGUGCUACCCAUGGCUAUACUAAGUUUAAUGUACAUUCUUAUCGGAAUUAAACUGCACAGAACAGAACUACGAACGAAGUAUGACACUCAGUACGGACAGGCGACGGCGACAAAAGCACGCAGAGCAAUACUCAAAAUGUUAGGUAAAAAAUGA